AAGACCCAUCAGUAGUCAAAAUGCGUCACUCAACUGACUCACUUCUAUUAGCAAGUCCCCUCAUAUAAAACCGUUGCACACUCAAAGUACUCUUAGUUGAACUUGACCACUCGCAAUGAACACUCUCACCUUCCUCCUGUUCACCUUUUUCACCUCAAUCCACACUCAAACGAGCAAAUUUUACGUCAUCCGACAAUGGAAGUACCUCAAUUUCACUUGGCCGGACGAGGACACCCUCAAGACGGCCACCGCCACCGGAGACUACAUCCCGGAGAAUACCAUCGUUUCCGGGAUUAAGUACUUCGAGGAUUACUACUACUUGACGCUCCCCAGGAUGAAGAAGGGAGUACCAGCGACGCUAGCAAGGAUCAAAGCUGGGCCCACACAGGACACGGCGCCGCCCUUGGAGCCCUUCCCCUCCUGGGAGAUGAACCGAAUCGGGGGGGAUUGUAACAAUUUGCAAAAUGUGCAAAACGUGGAGAUUGACACCAAAGGCCAAGUGUGGAUUAUUGAUGGAGGAAGAGUGCAAACGUUGAUGGAACCCAUAGUGAAGUGCGGACCCAAGUUGGUAGUGUUUGGGUUAAGGGAGGGAAGGGUGACCACGGUGUUCAAUUUCCCGGAGGAGGUGGCGGCGAGAAACGGGAGUUUUUUAUACGAUAUUGUUGUGGAUGACACCGACGGGGGGUUUGCCUAUAUUACGGAUAAUAGCGCCACUGAUCCAGGAAUAAUCGUCUUCUCGGUGAAAGAGAACCGUUCGUGGAAAAUCCGCUCCCAAACCAUGUCGGCCGACCGCUCCGCCACCCUUUUUUCCGUCAACGGUGUCCCCAUCUCGGCCCCCAUCAACAUCGCCGGCAUUGCCUUAGGCCCCAAAAUUCACACAAACGAUGACAAACUCGUAGUCAAUGAAGACCGGGAAGUUUACUUCAGCCCCCUGUCAAGCCUCCACCUCUACUCUAUCAACACUUCAAGCCUCCGCAACUCUUCCAACACGUCCAUCAAAGACUUGGGGUUGAAGUCGUCACAGUCGGUGGGGAUGGUUAUGGACAACCAGGGGAUUCUCUACUACACCCUAUUGGGCAACAACGCUGUUGGUAGAUGGGACAGUCGCACUCCAUUCCAAUCGGGCCAAAAAUUAAUUGCCCAAGACAGCAAACACCUCGAGUGGCCCAACUCUCUAACGUUGGAUACAAGUGGAAACUUGACAGUGCUUAUGAACCGGCUCAAUAGAUUUAUUUAUGAUGAGUUUGAUUUAAGCGAGUAUAAUUUUAGACUGAUAACAGCUUUCGUGGGUGGGAAAAAUUACUUAUAUGAUGAUAAUUUCAAUUAUGAUUUAAACAGGGGCGAAAGGAUGUUUCAUAAUGAGAGUAGAAUGACACCAGAGCCACUUCCGAGUCCUGAACCGGAGCCACAAGCCGACUAUCACGAUCAUAAUCAUGAAAACGAUCAUGAUCAUGAUCACAUGACAUCAACAACAAUGAGCAAUCACGUCAAAAUAGUUAAAUCCUCGAGUCAUAAAUUAGCGAGUAGUUUGUUUACAUUAAUUUUAUGUUUUUUGGUUGUGCGAAGAUAAAACAAGUUCGGGAAUUUUCAAUCGGGUUGCUCAAAAUGGCGACUGAAUGGCCAUUUUGAGAUUGUAAAUAGUUAUAAUAAUUAAUAACACUGUUUCUGUGUAGUAUAGUCAUUAGCAUAAAUCAGUUUGUUUUGUUUUGUAAUCAUUAAUACUGUUGCGUUGUUGUAUAGUUGUUUUUUUAGUUACCAAAGCCAUUUAACACGUAAUAAAAAAGCGAAAUCAA